CUAAGGGAAGGAGAGAGAGGUGAGGGUCAAGGGUGAGGCGAGAAGCGAGAGAGGGCUGGAAGAGGGAAGAGCUCGGGUUAAGAUGUUUGGUGUUCCUAUUUCUGGCAGAGGGGGAGAACGUAUCAUGUAUGAGAAGUUAACCAUAAUGAACCUGCAAAGUGGCUUGAACUGGACUGAGCCUAACAACUGGUACCAUGACCUGACCACAGUACAAACACAACACAGCACAGUGCCCGAGGGCUCUCUAUCGGACACAGACGGAGGCCUGGGGGACGAAGGUGGUGGUGGAGGAGGAAGAGGAGGAGUAGGAGGAGGGCCGGUCGAGAGGGACGAGGGCGAGGAGUCACAGCUAAGGCUGCAGCUGAAGAGGAAGCUACAGAGGAACAGGACCAGCUUCACUCAAGAGCAGAUUGAGGCGCUGGAGAAAGAGUUCGAAAGAACACAUUACCCAGARGUCUUCGCGCGAGAGAGAUUAGCCAACAAGAUUGACCUUCCAGAGGCACGGAUACAGGUGUGGUUCUCCAACCGAAGAGCCAAGUGGAGGAGAGAGGAAAAGCUURGCAACCAGAGGAGGUCAGGGGGUGGGACUUCCUGUUCCCAGGCUCACGCCCCCCUAAGCACUUCCUUCAACACCUCUGUCUAUCACCAUCAACAUGGCAGCAGUUUAGGAUCUAUGCUGAUUCAGAGCYUGUCUACCCUGCCCAGCUACAGCUCUCUGUCCGUCCUCUCCACUGGAGUCCAGAAAUGUGACUCUUCAGAGUACCCAUCCCAUAUGCCUCCACCGUCCUCUGCCAACUCAAACACUGGACUCGUUUCUCCCGGGGUUUCGGUACCGGUGCAGCUUCCUGGGAACGAGCAGCGCAUCGGCCAGAACCUCGGUCAGUACUGGGUCAGACUACAGUGAGAGAGAGGGAACGAGAAUCGACUGAGGGGACCAUCAAUAAAACAAAGGCAUACUAUGAAAAGGGAGGAUAAAACAAGGACACUAGAUAAGAGACAGGCUUCUUUGAGUUGGUUUGGCUUGAGGAAGAUCCCAAUAUGCAUUAAAUGUUUACAAAUGUGCUGCCAAAAUACUUUUUUUUUUUUUUUUACAACGGGAAGCAUAAAAACUCAUUGAUAUGGCAUGGCUAGUUGUUCCGUAAGCAUCAGUGGUGAGAGGCUGUAUKUACUGUGAAGAUACAUUUUUUGACUCGAUUAUCUUAAAACAUUCACCUUUUACAAACAUGUUUAAAGCCUAUCAGCAAUCAGCCAAACAUAAUAUUUUGUGGUGAAACAAAUGUUCCGAAACAAUUCAAUUCUAAUGGAGGCACAAGUCAGGGUUGGAGUCAAUUCUAUUUCAUUUCCACCCAAUUCAGAAAGUAAACCAAAUUCAAAUUCCAAAUGUUCCUAAUUUCAAAAGCAUUGAAGAGAAUCAGAAUUYGAAUUACAGUGUACUUCCCGAUUUGACUGGAAUUGAAAUGGAGUUGACCCUUGGCCACAGUAUUGAUGUAUAACAAUACAGUUAUAGAGAAUAUCACAUUUAUGGAAGGAAGAAUGCAGCCCAUUUUAGAACAACAAUCAUCCUCAGGUUUUGUAACAAAGACUUCAAUGACAGAGCCAUCAGUUUACAUAUUCAUCAGCCAAUGACAAUCAAGAAUCAUCAGCCACCAUGCAAUAAGAGUUGAUGUUCAGGUUAGCAACCAAUCAAAAGCAAAGACCUUAGCAAAUGACAAUCAAGAAGAGCCAAUGAUUAACCACUAAGGCCGGGAUUUAAUCCGAUCUUGCUUUGACGACAAUACACCAUUUAAAGGUCAUUUCUGAUUGAGCAGACAUAUGCAGAGUGAAAGCGGUCUCCCUGAAAGCGGGAACAUUGCCUUUAAAAGGUGCAUUGUCGCCAAAACGUGAUCGGAUUGAAUCCCGGACUAACUAAAACUACAAAAGCAACAAUAUUAUCAAGAGCAAUGGAUCAAUGACCAACUGAGCGUAACCAAAUAUUACAUAGCACUCAAUCAAUCAUUCAUAAACAUAAAUCAAACAUUGUAAUAUAUUGUUGAUUUUAUGACUAAACCGUAUACUUAUUUUUGUAUAGACAUCACCGUUGCUUCUCUCUUUAAUGAACUGUAAUUUAGUUAUCUAUUUUUCAUUUCACAUUUGUCACAUGACCCCUGUGUGUUUUUUUUAAUCGUUGAGGGACUUUGCUGUGUUAGCACUGUGUAUAAGAAAAGUAAUCCCUUUUGUGAAGGCAUUUGAGCCCUUUAAUGAAUUAAAACUAUGUGGAAUGAGAAA